AUGUAUCCAAAUAUGAUUCGUACAAAUCGUUUACAACCAUCAGCUAUUGUGGAUUUAACAAUAUGUGCAAAAUGUGAUGUAAAUCGUCCAAAUGCAUUUAAUAAUAAUAAUACUCUAUCAUUUCAUGAAUUACCAGAGCAUAUCCAAUUAUCAAUUGAACGUAAACGUUUAGCUGAUUAUUGUCUUAAAGCAUAUAAAAAAGUAAAUCAUACACGAGAAGAAACUCGUGAAACAACUGUACGUCAAUGUGAAAAUUCAUUUUAUGUUGAUACUAUUCGAGCAUUUCGUGAUCGACCUUACGAAUAUAGAGGUUUACAUAAAUAA